GGUAAUCCAAUUACAAUGAAAAUUAUCAGCGAAUUUAUCACUGAUCUCAACUUAUCUUUAACGGAUCAUUAUUAUUCCAGGAACCAAUUGACUUCAUUCGAUCAUCAUCGCCAUCAUCAUCAUCAUCAGUUGGAUGAAGAGUCAUCAUCAACACAAUCCUCAUUCAGUCAUCAAUAUUUCCCGUAUGACUCCUUCGCUGAGGAAGCUGAUGAUACAUCGUUGUCGCCUUUUAUUGAUUAUAAUUGGCAAAUAUCAUUGGCUAAUUUAGACAUAUUAUUGAUUAAUCAUCCUGUCGAUAACAAUAAUGAUGAGUACAAUUCAUUGACGGGAUCAGUUAAAGAAAUUGUUCAGAUGACAUUUUCAAAUCUUCGUUUGGAAUUACAGACUUCAGGCUUAUUAAACUCUUUAUCAAUAAAACUAAAAACUUUUCAACUCCAUCCUUUAUGCAAUUCACAAAUUCAAAGUGAUCAGUAUUUAUUUGGAUCAAUAUUUUCACCAGUCUCCUCUUCUACUACCGCGGAACAACAUUCUGAUCUAAUGCAUAUCAAUGUUCAAUGGUAUACUCAACAUAAUGGUUGCCCUUCUGUUGAGCUCCAUCAGCCACAAAUUCAAAUUACCCUCUCCAACCUUGUUUAUAUUCAUUCACAUAGUGAUGUCCUUGAAAUUAUUCAAUGGUUUCAAUGUAUUAUACCAUACUUACGGCUCAACAAGACAGUAAUUCAAUCCUCACGCAAUGCGCAUAUUGAUAGUGAUAGCGGAAAUGAAAUAUCCAGCCGACUUGAUAAAUCAUUACUAUUAUUAUCAUCACUCUCUGUUCAAUUUUCAAUGAAAAUCAACAAUUCACUCAUUUUAAUCCCAAGUAGUUUUAAUCCAUGCGCGCAUUUUCUACUGCUUAGUUUUAAACAAAUUCAAAUUAACCACAAUUUGUUGAAUUCGAUGAAUUCAAUGUUCAAUUGUAGUAAUUCAAAUGAUAGCAAAUCUGUAUCAUUUUCUAUUGAACAAUUUAGUAUUAUGCAUUAUGUUAAUGAAGAAGUGGAAGUAGCAGAUCAAUUUUUACUGAGAUCAUCGCCACCGAUGGAGAGAAAAAAAUUAUUUCAUUUGAAUUUCCGCUUGUUGUAUGAAUUUUGGUGUCAACAAAUGGUAUGGUGUAAUAAUCCAAUGAAGUAUAAUUUGUGUCAUCAAGUGAUUGUAUUUCCAAUGGAUUUUUCAAUUUAUAUAAACUAUAUCAAGUUGAAUCCAGCCAGAAGAAGCUACUCAUCAUCUUCGCCCUUCAACUGGUGGUUACAGACAGUUCGUUUCAAUUUCUCUGAUUUGCACUUCAUGCAAACAGCAAAGUUGAAUCAGUUUACAAAAUAUCAUCAUGUUGUUGUUGUUCCUGAGAAUAACGAUGAGAUGAAUGCGCCGCCGCCUUCUACAAAUAGGUCAGCGGAGGGAGUAACAUGUUCCCACCCAUGUGUUAAUCUACUCCUAUUCUCUGAACCAAUCACUACCCAGUUAACUAUUGUCUUCUACAUUCACACAAUGCGUUUCAAUUUGACUAAGAUGAAUUGUGAUUUAGUCAAGGAUUUAUUCGACAGUUAUUUAUUGAAACAAUUCGAAGAAAAUCAAUCGGAUGGUAUGAGUAGUGAGGAGGCGUUACAAACUGAUCAGCCAGCAGCGAUACAACAACCUUCCUACUCUGAUCUGAAUUCAAUUCCUAUCGGAUUGAAUACUAUUCCAUGCGGUUCUCUGGAAUUCGGUAUACGCAUCAAUUGUUCACAAAUUCAUAUUUUAAUGUUAGGCGAUUUAGAUAUCACACCGAUUCCAUUAGCUUCAUUAACUAUCGAAUCUUUACAGGCCUCGUCAUCAAGUGUUCAUAUCUCUAAAGGUGGUGGUGGUGGUAUUACACUGCCUACAUGUUUUCAGUUGAAUGUCGGUGGUGCAUAUUUACAAAAUCGAUUACCCCCAUCGAAACAUGAUUAUGAUAAAGAGAAGGGAAAGGAAAGGAAGACACGACGUGGUGGAAUAAAAAAGAAGCAACAGUUUCUACUUGUCUGUAAAGAUUCUUCUUCAACGGAAAGUAAUUAUGGUCAUACUCAUAAGGAUAAUAAACAUUCAAGACGUAAAAGGAUAAAUUCAUGCUCCACUGAGGAUUAUGACAAAAUCUAUUUUACAGAGAAGAAUUGGUGUUCUGGAAAUCAUUCAACUUGCAGAAAGGAUUAUUUAUCCACUGUGUGGAAUCAUGAUGAUAAUGAUAUCGUUGGAUUAUUACAUCAGGUGUCUCCGAUAUCUGUACGUGUCAUUCUUCUAUCUGAUCAGCAUGAAUCAUUCUGUCAGACUAAAUAUUUUGUCAAGUUAAGCAUGGACACAUUGGAUUUUCGAUUACUAUCUGAACCAUGGGUGUUACUUUUGGAUUUUUUGAAUUUGUGCGAUGAUUAUAAAGAGGAGGGUCUGAAAGAAACUGUUGGAAAAUUAGAUCAAAACCCAAUUCCUUCAUGUUACUCCAACUCCCCUCCUGUGGCGACGAAAUCAAUCCCCAUUCCGAUAAAUAAUUGCCCAAAUUUAUGUCUGCUGCUAGACAUCAGUUCAGUGAAUUGUAUAGUUACUGAACCCAGUAAAACCACUGAAGAAUCAUUGUCAAAUAGUGACUCCUCUGAUAAAGUUCAAUCAUUAUUGACCUGUAUAAAUUUGGAUACAGAUUUGGCUGUGUUGUCUUCUAGCGGGAUUAAGCUUCAAGUCAAUUAUACACCUGGUGUUGAUGCUACUACUGCGACUGCUGCCAGUUGUCGUAGUGUUGAUGUUGGUGGUGAGCAUCGUGAUGACAUUAACGAUGGUGAUCAUGAUGACGAUUUUCUGACGAAUUCUUGUCUUCAAGUGGAAGGUCAUAUGUACAGCAUUAAAUUAAUCGCUUUACCCAGACAAUAUGCUUCCUUAUAUGGAGUACGUUUGAUGUCUGCACCAACACAGUCGAUGCCUUUAGCUGUUGACAGUGUCAUGAACAAUACUCAACUGCCAUUUUUAGUCUUUCAGUUUAAUAAAGCUAAGAAAUUAUCUUCUUCACUAACACCACCACCACCAGCAACAACAACCAGCACUAACCGAUGUAUCAAUUCCAAUGACAAAAUGAUGAAACAGGUGGCAGUCAACGAUAAUGCUAAUCUUCGGGUACAUUUAUCCGGCUUAUCAUAUAUACACACGCAUUCCUUCUUAAUGAGUGUCAUUAAUACCUUACAGAACGCUAUAGAACAAUACACGUCUUUAAAGCAAACAAGAUAUUGUGUUAAAGGCUUACAGAUGCCAACAACGGUGGAUAUCACAUCAUUGUCUUGUCUACAUUUGAAUAUUUCUGCUCAUCGUCCAUUGAAUCUAAUCAUCCCGGUUUGUUCUACUAGUUCAAAAGUUCUAGUCAUCAAUAUGAAUGGAAUGAAAAUCGAUAAUACAUUUCUAUGGAAUAAUACUAUUGGUGGUGGUGAUACGGUGGGAGUCAACUCUGGAUCUAUGGAAACUCUACAAUCAGAAUCAUCUCACACUAAUAAUAGUAAUAAUAAUAAUAAUAUUCCUAGAGGUGAUAAUCGAUAUUUCUACUCAAAUAUUCGAUCGUUGAACAAAAGUAAUUCAACGGGACUUCUAGAAUGUUCUAAUUUCAAUACACAAGAUUCUACUCCACAACAACAUCUUUUAAUUGAUCAAAUAUCUAUGGAUUUAUAUGAAGUUUCAUUAUACUGUGCAGAACGGAUUGAUACGUUUGGUGAUGACGUAAUGCUUGAUUCAGGUGUGAAUAAUCCUCUAGUUCGAUUUCCAACCUAUUCGUUUAUUCCUGUGAAUAAUCAAUUUGAAUGUACAACAACUGAAGAAGUUUUCCCAUGCAGCAUUCUUUCCCGGCCUAUUUCUUGUUUAAGUUUAAUUUUGGAGCGUAAUUUAACUUCAUCAAGUGUACACGAAUUGCCUGACAUAAAAUUAACUGGAAAGCUUAGUGAUUGUCAAGUUUAUAUGAAUACUUAUACAUAUCGAUUGAUUCGUGGAAUUUUGUCACAGAAUUUUGGUGAAAAUUCAAUCUCUAGCGUUAGUACAACGAAAUCAUUUGUUAAUGAUGUCUGUUGGACAAAAUUUGCACUUGAUAUUUGUUUAAAUUCAAUUCAAAUCAAUUUGUUCAAUUGUUCAAUGUUACCGGUUCAUUUGAAUUUGGCGAAUAAUAAUAAUGAUAAUCAUAAACAAUUUGGUAUCAUCAAUCUGUCUGAUGGAAUUUUAUCAUUUAAAUAUUUUUCAAAUCAAAGUACAAUGAUACAACUUCAAUGUUUCGACAUCAAUUUAAUGGAAUUUCAUGAAGACAGUAAAACAACAGAAGGAGUUCAGAAACAAAACACUAUCUUACAAGGUCUACAACAACAACAACAACCAACUGUAUCAUCUCCACAGGCGGAGGCGGCGGCUGGAAAUAAAUCGUCAAAAUUACCCAAACUUAUUAUUUCAUUGAAUAAUUCUACUUUGAAUUCAACUUUACUCUUCUAUUCAACCUCAUUACGUUUAAUGUUGAAUAUGAAUUGGCUAAUCCAGUUCACGUCGUUCAUUACCCUACCACCGUUAUCACUUGAUAUGAGUUCUUCGUCGUCUGCUGAUACAUUGAAGAAAUCGAAUUCAUCGUGUGACAGUUGUAGGCCUAAAUCUCAAGGAUAUUAUCAUUAUCAUUCUUAUUAUCAUACUCAUGGUUGUAAUAAUGAGCCGCCGAUUCAUCCGCGUAGACAAGAGUCGAAGUCAUCAGCAUCUGUUAUACAAAACAGCGGUUUACAUAUCUGCAUAGAAGAUAACGAAAUUUGUAUACCAUACGAUGAAGGCAUGUCUUUAGUGUUAAAAUUAAGUGUGAAUUUUUCACGUCUAAAAUCUACCCAUACAAUAUAUGGUAUCCUCAAUGAUGUUAUCCAAGCCAGUAUUCAAUACCUCCGAUUAUCUCGUGAUCCCCUGUUAACAUCACCAUCAUUAUUAUUUCAAAUAUCUAAUCCAUUGAAAUUCUCUUCAAAAUUAUGUCAUUUUUCAAUCGGGGAAACGUUGGCAUCGUCACCACCAGCACUGCCACCAUCGCUGUCGUCAUCUUCGUCGUUCUUAUCAUCACCAUUUUCAUUGUUGAACAACAGCAAUAAAAAUGAUUUCAUGGCAAAUAGAGGAACAUCAUAUAUGAAAUUAAUUCAGUGGUCUUUACUGCCAAGUAGACUUGAUUUCGGAUAUUCUGUUAGACAGAGAAAUACUCUUUAUUCUGGUCAAACCCAGUUACAACUAAAAAUGACCUUAGUUGCACCUGUCAUUCAAAUCACAUCCAGUUGUGCGGAUAUUGAAUUGAUCAAAGAUUGCAUUAGUCAACUGAUAGCGAAAUGCAAAUCACAGCCUUCUAUGGAUGGACAAAAUGAUGAUAUUGGCUGUAGCAAUCAACCAUCGGUUGUUGUCCCUGCCUUCAAUGAAGAUUUACAAUCAUCAAAGAGCAACAAAUCGAAUCAGCAGACGUCAUUGUUAUUAUUAUCAACAUUUUGGCCAAGUGUAUUUGCUGAUUAUAUUUCAAAACGAUUGAUUAGCUUUGAUUUCAAUGUGGAUUUAUCUUUAUACUUAUUGGAUACACAAAGAUCGACACAUUCAACUCUAUCAAAUGAAGAGAAUCCUUUGCUGAAAUUCAACUUUGAAG